GGACCAUGCCGCCGGGCGCCGCUUGACGAGGCUCCGCGCCCGGCAUGAGCAUCCCCGGCGGGGCAGGGGCAGGGCGGCCGCUGCACCUGCACGCUCCGCGCCCGGGGCUGCAGCGGCGGGAUGGCGGCGGCGGACUGCUGCGUGAAGGUGGCGCUGCGGAUCCGUCCUCAGCUGUCAAAAGAGAAGAUUGAAGGAUGCCACAUUUGCACCUCAGUAACGCCAGGGGAGCCCCAGGUGUUGCUGGGAAAGGACAAGGCCUUCACCUAUGACUUUGUCUUUGACCUGGAAACGUGGCAGGAACAGAUCUAUACUACUUGUGUUGGCAAGCUCAUAGAGGGCUGCUUUGAAGGCUACAAUGCAACUGUGCUGGCAUAUGGACAGACUGGCGCUGGUAAGACGUACACAAUGGGCACUGGCUUUGACAUGAACAUUUCUGAUGAGGAGCAGGGGAUAAUCCCACGUGCUAUCUCCCACCUCUUCAGUGGCAUCGAGGAGCGCAAGCGGGCAGCACAGGACCAAGGCGUGGCAGCCCCGGAGUUCAAAGUCAGCGCCCAGUUUCUAGAGCUGUACAAUGAGGAGAUCUUGGACCUGUUUGACAGCGCCAGGGACCCUGACUCCCGCCACCGGAAAUCCAACAUCAAAAUCCACGAGGAUACUAAUGGUGGGAUCUACACGACUGGUGUCACCUCACGCCUCAUCAACACGCAGGAUGAGCUGAUCCAGUGCCUGAAGCAGGGGGCUCUGUCCCGCACAACAGCCAGCACCCAGAUGAAUGUCCAGAGCUCCCGUUCCCAUGCUAUCUUCACCAUCCACUUGUGCCAGAUGAGAGUCUGUGCCCGCCCAGACCUGGUGAAUGGGGAAGUGAUCUGCCCCCCAGACGGACCCCAGCCCACCAAUGAAUAUGAGACCCUCACUGCCAAGUUCCAUUUUGUCGACCUGGCUGGCUCAGAGAGGCUGAAGCGGACGGGUGCAACAGGCGAGAGAGCCAAGGAAGGGAUCUCCAUCAACUGUGGUCUGCUGGCCUUGGGAAAUGUCAUCAGUGCCCUUGGAGACCAGAGCAAGAAAGUGGUGCAUGUGCCCUACCGAGACUCGAAGCUGACUCGACUCCUCCAGGACUCCCUUGGGGGGAACAGCCAAACCGUCAUGAUUGCUUGUGUGAGCCCCUCAGAUCGGGACUUCAUGGAGACCCUGAAUACACUCAAGUAUGCCAACCGGGCCCGCAACAUCAAGAACAAGGUGGUGGUGAAUCAGGACAAGACCAGCCAGCAGAUCAGCGCCCUGAGGGCUGAGAUCGCCCGCCUCCAAAUGGAGCUCAUGGAGUACAAAGCGGGUAAGCGCGUCAUCGGGGAGGACGGCUCUGAGGGCUACAGCGACCUGUUCCAUGAGAACGCCAUGCUCCAGAAAGAGAACAACACUCUGCGCAUGCGGGUGAAAGCAAUGCAGGAGGCCAUAGAUGCCAUCAACAACAGGGUCACCCACUUGAUGAGCCAGGAGGCCAAUCUGAUCCUGGCCAAGGCAGGUGACGGCAAUGAGGCCAUUGGUGCCCUGAUCCAGAACUACAUCCGGGAGAUCGAGGAACUCAGGACAAAGCUCUUGGAGAGUGAGUCCAUGAACGAGUCUCUCCGCCGCAGCCUGUCCCGUUUCUCCUCGCGGCCCCCAUACUCCCUGGGGUCAUCUCCAGGGCCGGGCCUGGGUGUGGUAAGCAGCCCUAUUGCUUCUGUGGAGACAGAGGCCUCUGAUGUCCUCCGACGGGCCAAGCAGGACCUGGAACGGCUGAAGAAGAAGGAGAAGAGACAACAACGGAAAAGCCCAGAGAAGGAAGCGUUUAAGAAGAGGCAGAAGCUGCUUCAGGACAAUGGGGAGGAGACGGAUGAGAACGAAGUGGAGGAGGAGGAGGAAGAGCGGGAUGAAAGUGGCUGUGAGGAAGAGGACGGGCGUGAGGACGAAGACGAGGAUUCAGGCAGUGACGAGAGCCUGGUGGACUCUGAUUCUGAUCCCGAGGAGAAGGAAGUGAAUUUCCAAGCUGACCUGGCUGACCUGACCUGUGAGAUUGAGAUCAAGCAGAAGCUGAUAGAUGAGCUGGAGAACAGCCAGCGGCGCCUGCAGACUCUCAAGCAUCAAUAUGAGGAAAAGCUGAUCCUGCUACAGAACAAGAUCCGGGACACACAGCUAGAGAGGGACCGGGUCCUGCAGAACCUCAGCACCAUGGAAUGCUACACAGAGGAGAAGGCCAACAAGAUCAAGGCCGACUAUGAGAAACGGCUGAAGGAGAUGAACCGGGACUUGCAGAAGCUGCAAGCAGCCCAGAAGGAGCAUGCCCGCCUGCUCAAGAACCAGUCCCGCUAUGAGCGGGAGCUGAAGAAGCUGCAGGCUGAGGUGGCAGAGAUGAAGAAAGCAAAGGUGGCACUGAUGAAGCAGAUGCGGGAGGAGCAGCAGCGGAGGCGGCUGGCGGAGACCAAGAGGAACAGGGAGAUUGCCCAGCUGAAGAAGGAGCAGCGCAGGCAGGAGUUUCAGAUUCGGGCUCUGGAGUCCCAGAAACGCCAGCAGGAAAUUGUGCUGCGAAGGAAGACUCAGGAGGUCUCAGCCCUGCGUCGCCUGGCCAAACCUAUGUCGGACCGUGUUGCUGGGAGGACAGGUCAUAAGCUGGCAGUGAUGGACUCAGGGGUAGAGGUUUCUGCCAGCACCACUUCAUCGGAACCGGAGUCCGGGUCACGCUCUGUCUCCAGCAUUGUGCGCCAAUGGAACCGGAAAAUCAACAACUUCCUGGGAGACCCUUCACCCUCCCUGAAUGGCGCCCGGCCUGUCAGGAAGAAGUUCCCAAAGAAGGGGAUGAGCCAGACCUUCAACAAGGCGGCUCGGCUCAAGUGGCAGUCAUUGGAGCGGCGUAUCUUUGACAUUGUCAUGCAGAGGAUGACCAUCGUCAACCUGGAGGCAGACAUGGAGCGCCUGAUCAAGAAACGGGAGGAACUGUCCCUGUUGCAAGAGGCACUGCUGGGGAAGAGGGAGAAGCUGCAGGCCGAGAGCCCUGAGGAGCAGAAGGGCCUGCAGGAGCUGAAUGAGGAGAUUGAAGCACUGACAGCCAACAUAGACUACAUCAACGACAGCAUCUCUGACUGCCAGGCCACUAUCAUGCAGAUCGAGGAGACCAAGGAAGAGCUGGACUCUAUCGACACUUCAGUGGUGAUCAGCUCCUGCUCCUUGGCUGAGGCACGUCUCCUGCUGGACAACUUCCUCAAGGCCUCGAUUGAUAAGGGGCUGCAGGUGGCUCAGAAAGAAGCCCAGAUCCGCCUGCUGGAGGGGCGCCUGAGGCAGACAGACGUGACCAGCUCCUCUCAGAACCACGUGAUCCUGGACGCCUUGCGGGAGAAGGCAGAGUCUCAUCCUGAGCUGCAGGCGCUCAUCCACAAUGUGCAGCAAGAGAAUGGCUAUGCCAGCACAGAUGAGGAGAUCUCGGAGUUCAGCCUGGCCUCAGAGGGGAGCUUCUCCCAGUCUUUCUCCAUGAAGGGCUCGGCCAGCCAGGAUGACUUCAAGUUUAAGGGGGAACCCAAGCUCUCGGGACAGAUGAAGGCUGUGUCAGCUGAGUGCCUGGGGCCCACACUGGACAUCUCCACCAAGAACAUCACCAAGUCCUUGGCAUCCCUCAUGGAGAUUAAGGAGGAUGGGAUUGGCUUCUCCAUCCAGCAUCCUUACUACAAAGAGAAGGUGUCCCGCACCAUCAGCCUGCCCACCCGUGGGAGCACCUUCCCAAGGCAGUCCCGCGGCUCUGACACCUCACCUCUGACCAGGAGGAAAUCCUAUGACCGUGGACAGCCUGUCAGGACUUCGGAUGUUGGCUUCACUCCUCCCUCAUCCCCUCCCACCAGGCCACGAAAUGACCGCAAUGUCUUCUCCCGGCUCACGAGCAGCCAGAGCCAGGGGUCUGCGCUGGACAAGUCUGAUGACAGCGAUUCCUCUGUCUCGGAGGUGCUGAGGGGCAUCAUUAAUCCAGUGGGUGGUGCCAAGAGUGCCCGGACAGCCCCACUGCAGUGCGUCUCCAUGGCAGAGGGACACACCAAGCCUGUUCUCUGCCUGGAUGCCACUGAUGAGCUGCUCUUCACUGGAUCCAAAGACCGGAGCUGCAAAAUGUGGAACCUGGUGACAGGCCAGGAAAUCGCCUCCCUGAAAGGCCACCCCAACAACGUGGUGUCCAUCAAGUACUGCAGCCACACAGGGCUGGUGUUCACAGUGUCCACCUCCUACAUCAAGGUGUGGGACAUCCGGGAUUCUGCCAAGUGCAUCCGCACCCUCACAUCUUCGGGCCAGGUGAUCUCUGGAGAUGCCUGCGCCAGUACCACCACUCGUACCAUCACCAGUGUACAGGGGGAACACCAAAUCAACCAGAUCGCGCUCAACCCCACCGGCACCAUGCUCUAUGCAGCCACGGGCAACUCUGUCCGCAUUUGGGAGCUGAGCAGAUUGCAGCCUAUCGGGAAGCUGACUGGGCACAUUGGGCCUGUGAUGUGUCUCACGGUGAAUCAGACUGCAAGCAACCAUGACUUGGUCGUCACUGGAUCCAAAGACCACUAUGUCAAGGUGUUUGAGAUUGCGGAAGGCAUGGCGGGUAACAUCGGCCCCACUCAUAACUUUGAGCCCCCCCACUACGAUGGCAUUGAAUGUCUGGCCAUCCAGGGAGACGUCCUCUUCAGCGGCUCCAGAGACAACGGGAUAAAGAAAUGGGACCUGGAGCAGCAGGAGCUCACCCAGCAAAUCCCGAAUGCACACAAGGACUGGGUUUGUGCCCUGGCUUUCGUCCCUGGCCGCCCCAUGCUGCUGAGUGCCUGCCGCGGAGGCCUGGUGAAGGUCUGGAACGUGGAUAACUUCACACCUGUUGGGGAGAUCAAGGGGCAUGACAGCCCCAUCAAUGCCAUCUGCACCAACUCGAAGCACAUAUUUACUGCCUCCAGUGACUUGACAGUGAAGCUCUGGAGCAGGAGAAGGUCAUUGAACAGCACAAUCUAGGAGCUGCCAAGAGACGAGUCCCGGGGACUCCUGUAUCCUGAGAGGGGAAAGGUCUCAGCCUUUUCCCUGGCCAUCAGGCCACUUUGUUUGCAAGGUGUGGGAGUGGUCUAGGCCCCAGUUGGUAGUUCUGACCUCUUGCAGUUUCUGGGACGGAAGACAUCCUGUCUGGUACUUCAUGCCCUACCAGCUCCUGUGAUUGGGGAGCUCUGUGUGGGGUGGUCCGUCCCUUCCUGCCUCCAUGCUGGACUUUGUCAAUGCAUAGGGAUUCCCAGUGACCAGAGCUAGAGCCAGAAAUUGCUUCAUAACCAGCAAAGCCAAGAAUCCUGAUGGUAUCACUUCUAUCUGCUCCCUUCUGCCCACAGCUCAUUCAGCACCAGAAUAAGCCCCCACAUCGCUGGCUGCAGUAGUGAGAUUUUUCCUACAUGUGCGAUGAGAUCAGUUUACCAGCAUCCAUCUUGCUGUCCCCUGCACCUUUUGGGGGCCUGGGCUCAUUCAUAGCUUUGGGGCUAGUUUCCCUUGGAGCUAUUGAAAAAAAAUCUCCCGGCACGCCUAAUUGUCCAGCAGAGCUGGGUUCUGCUGGCUGGUACCAAAACAUGGAGAGGACUUUUACAAUGCCCAGAGAUGUCUUGGACUGCCUCAUUGCCAUGUUUGGGAGCAUCCCCAGUAUAGAAGUGCUACUGUGGAUGGAGCUACCUCUAGGGACCACCUCCAAGCCAUGAUGCUGUGCCAGGGCUCUGCAGAUCUUUGGACAGCAGAACCUUUCUGUGUCUCUGAAUGAAAUCCAUGGGCCCCGGGUGAUCAGAGACGUCUGAACCUGACAACUACACCCAAACUCCUAGCUCGUUCUGGGCACUGCCUUUCCCUUGUGCUGCAUGUAUAAACGGAAAGCAGGUGGCAGGCCUGAAAAAUGCCUUUCUGACACCUCUCCUCUUGCACAAGGAAAAGUGCAACUAGAAGCUGUAUUCACUGGUGGUCCCCUCGUGUCCAGCGGAGCCUUAAUUGUAUAGCUAGCCAGUUUGAUAGAUCUUGUGCUCCUCGCUGUCUGGUUGGACAUGCAGCUUGGCCACCUCUGCUCUGCACCCGUGUAGCAGAUGCAACCAAGGUCUAUUCUAGCUGCUGCUGGAAAGGGUAUUUCUACUGUUUUUAUAUUGGAUUUCAUAAGCAUUUUUAACCACCCUCAGUGUUGGGGAUCCUUGGUAGCUUGGACAAGUGUUAGUGUUGGUGAAAGGAUGAAGAGCCACGUGGUAAAGUUAUUUAGGUACCUGAUUUCUCUCAGCUCUUUGCAUUCUCUCACUGGAGGUUUUUAGAUUUGUUUGGAUUCCUGCUCUCCCAGGACAUAAGUCUCAGUUCAAGAGGUCUGGGACUAGAGCAGGGCCUGAAGGAUAGGGAGGAAGAAAUGUUAUGGUCAGGAGAGAGGUGUUUUUGCAGAGCUGGUAGGCGGGGAGUGCUCUGGACUGCAAACUGUGCAAGGCUGGUAUGCUGCUGGAGAAGGGUAAAGCCUGAACAAAUGGAGGGGUCUGUCCAGGACACUGGGAUUACCAUCCAGCUGGGGUGGGGCAGGAGUUGCAUAGCACUUGCAUGUUGUUUACCCAUGCUGUUGUUUUAGCACCAGCCAUCAAGUUUGCCCCGGACUUGAGCUCCACAUGGGACAAAUUCCAUUAGGCCCCCUCACCCCCUUUUUGUCCCUUCCACCAUGUUUGGACUCGCGUUCAUCCCAGACAUUUGUAGCUUGUUGUCAGCAGCCAUCACAGGCAUGUAGUGUCCCUUAGACUUAUGCUCCCACAAGGAGGCAGGAUCCCCUUCACCGGUAUCUUCUGCUACCUUUGUCUCUCCUCCCCUUCAAACAGCUACCUACUAUGAGUCCCAACCCCAUGUGAUUGCAACCUGCAUUCGCCAAGGACGUCUGCAUUCAGGAGCUCAAUGUAUCAUCCCUUUUGCUCUGGCUGAACCCUUCUUGCAAUGUAGUCAUGAAAUGAGCCAAAGGAAGUCUCAGCAGAUUGGCCCUUUCUUCCUCUGCUCAUCUAGCAUAACCCCAGAUGUUACAUAAGAAGCAAUUUUUGGAUGCUCGCUUUAAGGAUUUAUUCCUGUAGUUGUUUUGUGGGUUGUUGAAGCACUGAUUCUUCUUCCUGUGAUCCCAUCAGCUAUGGACUGCAUGUUCUCCAUUGGUAGGGGUGCCAGGACCUUCAUACUUUUCUCUAAAUUUGUAGGAUAUUUUUCUCGUGGCUUCCCUCUAUGUGGGAAUUUGAAGGAGAGCACCUGCGCGCCUCAUGCUGCAGAUUUGACCUACCUUAAAACUCUUAUGAACAGGACAGGGAAAUCUUCCUGAACUCUAAGCACUGGGGGGGCUCCUAAAAUAUUUGUUUUGUCUUUAAAAUAUUCAACUGCUGCAUCUUCACAGAAGGAAACGAUGACUUUGUAUUGUUGAGCUCUACAAAAACAUUGCUUCUUCCUUCCUUUGCUGGACAAAUUAAGAAGUAUCCUCAACCUCUGCAUAUCAGCAGGACCAAGGCUGCCUCUGCACUUUGACACAUUGUUCAUGCCCAUUCAGUCUCUGAGCAUCUUGGAUGAGAAGCUCCCAGGUCUUGCCAGAAUCCUGGUUCUGGUGAGAUCUCAAUACAAAAAAGUUGGAUCAAUUUGGAUCCACGUCUCCAAAACCACUCUUUGUUCCCACGACUCCUACCACCAGCUCAAGGAAGUGUCUCCAGUUCUCUGUUGGUGCCCGGGAAGAUUUUGGUGUCAGCAUGGAUUGCAGUUACUCACUUGUGCUCUGUUCCGCCCACAAAACUCGUGGUAAUUGGAGAGAAAAACAUCUACAGUCUUCAGGUGGGACAGAAUUAAACAGGCUGGGAAUGGACAGAUGGAUUCUCCAAACGGUGAGAAGAGUAACAAUACAUGGGACCUUGUCUGAGAAGAGGAUGUGAUGGUGGGCCCUGACCUUUGGGCAGUUCAGGAACCUCCUGCCCCGUGUAUGUAAUAGGUGGGUGUUGGGUGGGCAGGGGCCCUGGAUGUUGUCUAGUGUCUUGGACCCCAUUUUCCUUCUGGUUGACACCCCAUCAUUCACACCUGCACAAGCUGGAUGUCAAACGGAGCUGCUCUGAUAGAGGAGCAUUUUACGUGCCCUUUGCCUUACCAAGUGCAGCCAUCUUUAAAAGGGGAUCAGAUGGGAAGGGCUCCAGGCACAGGCAUCUUGGGUCCUGUGGGGUUUUCCUUUAAUCCUCCACAUCCUGGACCAGAUCCCAUUGAAAAGUCUCCCAUUGAUUUCAGUGGGUUCAGGCCCACACUGGAGAUCGCAGGAGGAAGGAAGCAUCCAGCUGUGUGUUGCAGGGGCAGCCUGCUGGGAUUGCCAAUUAUUUUGCUUGCAGCUUGAUCCCCAGCCAUGCUGAGCACUCUCCACUCUGUGUUGAGGAUGCAUGAUGUGCUGCAGGACCAAGUACUCAAUGGGUGGAUGGGUCUCAUUCUCUUUUGGCUUAAGGGCCCCACACAUCUCAUGGCUUUCAUCCAGCAGACCUGGGGGAGCUGGUCACAGUGCAUGAAUAGGACCAAGUGGCUCAAAAGAGGGACAUCUUCCUGCAGGCCAGUGCAGGACCUUGGCUUGCGCCCAGGCAGCUGGUGUCCACCACAUGGCUACAUUAAACUGUCCACACCAUCAGGGUCUGCUCCCAUACACUGUGCCAACCCCAUUUCCCGCAGUGACUGCCAGCUCCUCCCUCUCUGCUGGAGAAGCAAAAGCAGGAAGUAAUUGUGUACUGUAAUGCUGUGUGUGCGUGUGUGUGUGUGUGUGUGUGUGUGUGCGUGUGCAUAUGUGUGAAAGAAAUGGUUGUUUUUGUUAACCUACCUCACAGAGCUGUUUUUUGGGGUUUUUGAGUUUUUUUGUAGUUGUUGUUUAUGGUUUUGAAACUUGAAUUUGUCCUGGGAACGCACAGUCUUGCUGAUGCAUUUCUGAGCCAUUGCUUGUGGCUGGGGGGGGGGGAGCUUUAAUUCCUUUAUGAUACUGUAGUUCAGCACAUUUUGGAGCUGACAAGCCAGCCCUUGUUCUACCCUGCAGGAGGAGCCCCUGUUUAAAUGAGCCCUUCACGCAGAAUCUUAGCCUUGCAACACGUAGCAGACUAGCAAUAGCUCUUUGGGUGCUCGACCUGAGACACUUCCAGGGCUCCUGAUCUUCAGAAGGUGGGUGCUAGGCUCUCCCUGGCAAUCAAAACCUUUUAAGAGUGUCUGAGGCAGAGCACUUCAGCUCAUCCACAGCUUGUGAAAAUCCUGACCCUGAGUCUCAUGUUGCGUCUCCUGGGCUCAGUCUAAAAAUGGCUCAGAUGAGUGCUCUGAGGCAGUGUGGUGGGAUGUGGGGGCAGGGAUCAAAAGACCUUUUGGCCCAGUGAUGAUGCUGCCUCAUUCACAGACGGUUUCUGCCUGGCUUUCUCCUUCUGAAAGUGCUGACUUGGCAAUCCAGAAGCAGCUUCUGCCAUGGUGCAGGAGGAGGCUGUUUCAACCGAAGUCAAGGUAUUGGAAAGCGGGACUCUGCAUCUUGAAUGCAUGGUCCCUCUCCCCCUCUCGGCCCCCUCCUUCUUUCACAUUCCCAUAGUCACUGCAGCCACCCAUGAAUGGUGUUUUGUCUGGCAAAAUUCAUUAAGAGAAUAUAUUUGCUAUUUGGCUUUGGGUAACUUUGUCCUAACAAGAGCCUGCUAUGGCACUGUACCUGCCACCACCCUAAGACCAGGAGUAAGGAGGCAGACAAGAAAUCAGUGUUAUAUGGCUCUGCUUGGUUGAGUCAGUCCCAAGCAGAGGCUGUUUCCUAGCUUCUAUGCUAGUUCCCUUGUCUCCUGAUGUCCUUCAAUUGGACCUAAAUAUCCUCACUUACCUGGGGGCAGGUGGUGAAAAUUGUCAGAGCUUCAUCAAUGGAGCCAGAACAGGUGACCCCAGCUGAAGACCUGCCACCUGGGCCUCACUGCAAGGUUCAUAAGCCUCUCAUGAAAAGAGCAGGUCUAGGAGUGUCAUGAAGCUUUGCAAAGGGAGUAAAGGCAAUUCAGAGGAAUGGGACUUCCCCAGCCCUGCAUGCUGCACCUUCUGCAGGUGGCUUUCGGAGCCACUCGCCUCGUUGCCUCCAACACCAGCUCCAAGCUGCUAGAUGUGAUCCUGCUUCCAGACUAGAGGGGGAAGCAGAACACAAAUGCAGUUACCCUAAGGUUAAAAAUGAGCAUUUGGGAGGAAGGAGAGGGCAGAAUAAGUGUUUCCAUGCAGACUUGUCAAAGGGCAAUGACUGACAGCAAAGGCAAGUCUUCAGGGGAAAGAAAGGAAGUGGAAAGGUUGGCAUGUGCAGCAGACUCACAGAAUGGGCGAUCUGGGACAAUCUAUAUGUAGAUCUGCAUCUAUUUAGGGGAAGCAGGUGACAAGCCUAGGACAUCUUUCAGCCAGGAGAUUUCCUCUGCUGGCACCAAAGCCCAGGGGCAUCUUUAGCCUUGCACCUUGCAGACUUAGAGAACACAGUGUGACUUGUACCCACUCCCAGCCAUCUUGUGAUGUGAUAUGCAGGGAGCCAUUUCCCAGGACCCAAUCCUGACUUUGCUGUCUGCCUUAACUGCAUGCAAGUUGGAGAAACCCAGGGAGGUGAUGAGUCUCAGGGUCUGGGGCACACUCCUGCUUGCUCUUGUAACUCAUACCUGUCCUUAUUGCUUCUGAGUCUCUUUACUUCACUCUUCCUGGACCUGCUCUUUCAUCUGAAACCAUCCAAGUGCAGAAUUGAAGAGUGUUGGCUUCCUUCAUCUCCCAGCAGACUGAAGUUUUGCAGCAUGUUUGAUUAUGGGGUGGUUGAGUGCUGGGAGCUGCACCAAGCCCUGCUUGUGGCUGGCACGGAUGGUUACAUGAAGAGCAGGUGGCAGGGACCACUGCAUCUCCCCCUUCUUUCUCAGCACAGGCUGUUGUGCUGUCCUGGAGCUGGGACUUGCUCCAUCCCUCCCAGGUGCACUUGAGGGGAAAGGAUCCCCUCCCAAUGGCCCUACAUCAAGAGUCAGCACAAUGGAGCCAGGGCAUGAGCCCUGCCCUUUCAAUCCAUGGUAUUAUGGCACAAGGUCUUGCUCAGGAGCAGUCUUCUGGUCUUGACUAGCUUUGGGAGGAGUCACGGCCUUUGACUUGGCUCCUGGGGGUCUCUGCCCCAUGAUUCCUCCCAUAGGUUUUCAGAGCACAGCAGCAACCUCCCUUCCCUGUGGAUGCUCUCUGACCCUGGCAUCAAGCAGUGCCAUGAACAGGCCAGGGGACUCCUCUGGGAAGUGCUUGGCAUCAGGGAGCAGAACUAGUACCUUCAUGUUGAAGGUGGUAACUUGGAAGUCUUCAAUGUGCGCAGCACUGCUCAUCUCCCAAGACUCUGCUUUCCUCCUCGUUUUACCGGGUGCAGAAGCGCUGUCCUGCCCCUGUGUAUGCUGCCUCCAUUCCUGGCGUGCCUCAUGCUGGGCAGUGAUCCAGGACCAACCCCCUGAGAGCACAAGAUUCAGACUGUGAACAGGUGACCUGACUCCCAGGCUGCAUCUCCUCGUCUCCUUCCCCCUAUCCACUCUUACUGCCCAUUUAUUUCAUUCUCUGAAUGCUCCUCACCACCGUUUCUCUCUUGGGGAAAACUGGGUUUGGAGGCCCAGGCACGGUGGAGGAAUGAACUUCAUCACUGGCUCUUGGCCAGUACCAAGGUGAGAAACCAUCCUGAGUAGGUCUGACCCCAGGGAAGGUCCUGUCCCAGCAGGCCACUCCUUGAAGUUCUGCCAGUGACUUCCUUUAGCUUUCCACCCUGGAGCUCCAGCAGGCUCUGCAGGCCAGCUUGGUCUCCAACCUGGAGAUUUGUCCACUUCACACUACAGCACCGCUUGAUGUUGAGAUCUUGGUGAUAGGAUAACCCUGCUGCUGCCUGGCAUUUCACGUGUGGGCUGGAAACCCUUUUAAGUAGCCCCACACACAACCCUAGACACCGAAGACAGAACAGGCUCAGCAACAGGAGGCUGACUCCCCCCAUCGCCCUGUCUCAACUGUAUAAAUGUUGCCAAUAGCAGGUGCCUUUUCUUGCCCUGAGGUGUUUUUAUAGAGGCCAGCCCUUGCUCAAAUUUUCAUUUCUUGGGGUUGUAAGACCCUGCAGAUCCAUCUGUGUUAAGCAUAGCACAAGGUAUGUGUAUAUAUUUUAUACUGUAAGGUAUUCCUGUAAAUAGGGUAAGGUAUUGAAGCCUCAUGAUGUACAUGGUUUUCCAAUGGACGUGUUUGUUCCUUUCCUUUGUCUUCAUAAAUAAAAUGCAUCAAAUGGAAA